AGAAAAACAUAACCUUACAAUCUAAUGUCUUGAAUUUGAGAAUUUCAAAGAAAGUUGGAAUAUACAUAUAAAUUUUAACUUCGUAUGAACACUAAAAAAUAAUUCAAUUGUCCAAAAUGACAAUCAGCAACAUGACUCUUGUCAAAAUUGGAGCAAUCGGAGGAGUUGCGACAGUCACCAUGGGCUUAUUAUUCAAAAACAAACUAAACAAUAAUGUUAAAGCAACAGACUUCUACAAAAAUGCUCUCAAACUUGUGAGAAGCCAUCCAGGAGCUGUUAAUCUAUUAGGUGAGCCUAUAAAAGACCUCCGCAUCGAUGUAGGAAACGAGAAAGAUAAUUUUACUAAAGGAGACUUUGCUCAAUACAAGGUGCCUUUAAAAGGUUCAAAACAAAGGGGCACCUUAUAUUUUUGGGCUGAACGUGAUGUAAAUGAAAAAUGGCUAGUGAACAGAGUCGAGUUAGAACUUAAAAAUAUACCUGAUAAAAGACUCUUAAUUAAAGCGAUGAGUGAUAGCAGAAGUUGAGUUCCUAUGUGUCGAUUGUUUAAAAUAUUUGAUACUUCUUGUACCAUACCCUUGAAAAAUAUGAGUGUUGGGAUUUGAGUUUAUGUAUUUUCAUGAAGGUGUUCUUUUUGCCAAGUGAGGUUGUUAAAGGCGAUUUUACACUAUGCAACAAGAUGUGUUUCAAAACAUUGUUGAAAAACAAGUUGCAAAUUCUAAUAAAAGAAGUUUCAGAACU